UAUUCUGUACCUAAUAUUUGUACGCAGAAUGCAUGUGAGUAAGAUGAAUAGUCAUACGCUCCUGUCUUCUGGAUCAACCACCCCUACCCAGAAGACCAAUGGCUCAAAGACCCCUACAGAAACCCCACCCACUGAAGCCCCACCCCAGACUGCACCUGGAGAAGGGACCAUCUCCAGCAUCAGAAGCAAAUUUAUGAACGAGCUUCACAAAGUCCCAUUGCCGUCUUGGGCAGUGGCUGCGCUGGGAUUCAUCAUUGUCAUUCUUAUGCUCAGCUGCUGCUUCUGCAUAUGUAGGAAAUUUGUGUUUAAGAAGAAAAAAGAAAAAAAGAGCAAAGAGAAGAGCGGAAAAGAUGGUAUCAGCAUGUUGACUGUGAAAGAGGACAGCUUUGGCCAGACUUUGAAUUCUGACACUGACACUAAAGCAGAGAACAAAGAGGAGGGGCCUAAAGAGGAACAAAAGCUAGGAAAACUACAGUUCAGUCUCGACUACCACUUCACUGAUGGAUCACUUAUAGUAGGUAUCAUCCAGGCAGAAGACCUUGCAGCAAUGGACAUGAGUGGCACGUCCGACCCAUACGUCAAGCUCUACCUCCUUCCAGACAAGAAAAAAAAGUUUGAGACUAAAGUCCACCGAAAGACCCUUAACCCCACUUUCAACGAGCACUUCACUUUUAAGGUGCCAUACUCAGAGUUGGGUGGGAAGACCCUAGUCAUGACAGUUUACGACUUUGACCGUUUCUCCAAGCAUGACGCCAUCGGGGAUGUGAGGGUCCAGAUGAAUAAAGUUGAUUUCAGUCAAGUGACUGAGGAAUGGAGAGUACUACAGAAGGCUGAGAAGGAGGAGCAGGAGAAGUUGGGGGAUAUUUGUCUGUCCUUACGUUACGUCCCAACUGCUGGCAAGCUAACGGUUGUUGUUCUGGAGGCCAAAAACCUCAAGAAAAUGGAUGUGGGUGGACUUUCAGACCCAUAUGUUAAGAUCCACCUGAUGCAGAACGGCAAGAGGCUGAAGAAGAAGAAAACCACAAUUAAGAAGCACACCCUGAACCCAUAUUAUAAUGAAUCAUUUAGCUUUGAAGUUCCAUCUGAACAAAUUCAGAAGGUGCAGGUUGUAGUGACAGUGCUGGAUUACGAUAAGAUUGGCAAAAAUGACGCAAUAGGGAAGGUUUUUAUGGGACUGCACAGCUCAGGGACUGAACAACGUCACUGGGCAGACAUGUUGGCCAAUCCAAGAAGACCUAUCGCUCAGUGGCAUGCCCUUAAACCAGAGGAAGAUGUGGAUGCAGAGCUUUCUAAGAAAUGAAGGUGUAAUUAUGUGUACCACUAUUCAUAUAAAGCCCUUAUAUCAGACAUAUUCAACCUCACAAUACCGCCACCACUAUUAUAAUGUUCUAUGUUCCAAUGGGUAAAAUUGGUUAUAAACUUUAAAAUUUUCUACUUUUAGUGUUAUCUAUUUAAUUAUGUGCCCUGUAUGAUGCAGAGAAGGUGAUUAAAUG